AUGGAACUGGUAUUUAUAAAUAAUAAUAAUGGGAUUGACAACAACACGAGGUCUGUGAUCCGUCGUCAGGCCGCCAAGGGGCAAAAUCUCGGCCGUAAGAUCACUCGGCCAUCGCGCGUGAAAGCACUCGAGCGCCAAGCUCUGCUAAAGCCUGUCGUCGCUAUCAAGUCCAAGAAUGGGUCUACAGAGGCGCAUCAAGAGAGCCGCAAGGUGGACUGUAGUCCUCAAAGGGACACUGAGGACGCGCCAUCGCGAGUCGAGCCUAUGGUAGGCGACACUGUAUCGGUCUUGAGCUUACCUAUAGAGGUGGCCCAGGAGGACAGGGUGCUCAUGUACGAAGCGGUGGCAUUCAUGAAUUCACCUCGUUGUUUGCCUAGUCUAGCCAAAGCGCUUGCCGAAGGUAGUGUUGGCCACUCAAUCUUUCUACAGCUCAUUUUCACGGACCAAGCAUAUUAUCAUUGCGCCCUGGCCACUGUUCUCGCAUGUACCAAGGUCUCCCCACAGGCCAGUCUCUCUACAGUCCGCCACCUUACUCAGGCUUUCCGUCUGAUUAACGAACGCAUUUCACGAGAUGAACGAGUAUCUAAUUCUACAAUUGCUGUGGUCAUGAGCCUAUCAACUUAUGAGUCUACCCGAGGUCGCUACGACCACGGCAUGAUUCACCUCUCGGGUCUUUUUCGUAUGGUCGAGACACGAGGCGGCUUAGAUUGUGUCGGCUCCGAAGAGCCUGAGUUAAUGCAAAAGAUAUACAGGGCGGAUCUUGAUUACGCCCUCAGACUUGGUAGUACUCCGAAACUGAAUAUUAUGCUCUUUGAGAAUGCAAAAGCUAUGGAGAGGCUGGAUAUACCUUCUUCGCGAGAGCGCAACUCUCAUUCCAUCGCAUCUAGCCUUCAGUUCCGAGACCAACUAGGCUCCGAGCUAUGUGCCCUCUGGGAAAGUGCCGCUGGCUUGUCUAUGUUGGUCAAUGAGGCGAGUGCAGGCGAACGUGCCAAAUUAUCCAAGGUGCAGUUUUUGAGGACUUACGUCUGGCUUGGUCACCGACUUCUCAACUAUGCUCCAUUGAACGAGUCAUUUUCACAUAAUCGCGUCCAAAAUAUGGCACAUUUAGGUCUAUUAAUGCUAAUAAGCUCCCUCUUAUGCGGACUCGACCGCCGUGUGGCUGAGAAUUCAAUCUUAUCACAGCUACUUCGCAACGAAGCACACCUGGAGACCAAUGACGAGACGCGGGAACUUCUUUUGUGGCUUUUAUUCUUGGGAGCAGCUGGUAUUUUGCAGGAUCCUCGUCACGAUAUCUGGCUAAUUCCAAAGACUUGGGAGACAAUGCAAGCACUCGGGCUGAACAAUUGGGAGGCAACUAAACAGGUUCUUUUUAAAUUUCCAUGGAUGAAUGACUUCUAUGAGAGAGGGGGUUCGGCGCUAUUCUCCCGUGUGGCUUUUUACCAAGGGGUUCAAUCAUCUAUUUCGAAACCACUAUAA